AUGGAAGGCACGCGAGAAGAGCAGACCGGCCAGCACUUUGGAGAGCUGGUUGGCAUUACGGAUCCAGCCCUGCACGCUACGAAACUCCUUCUUACUGAUUUGCAAGAGCUCAAGAAGCACGAGCUCAAACCGCCGCUUGAAAUUGACUUGAUGGUUGAAGAGUAUGACUCCAUAUUCUCCUGA